AUGGUACCAGUCAAGAAGGCCCAGCGCUUCAAAAAAGCCCUGUACUUUUCAGAGGCUGAGUUCAAAGAGCGUCAACAGCGAGUCCUGGCGCUGAUGGAGCGAGAGAACCUCGAUGGUUUUCUCAUGACAAAGCAAGAGUCUCUGUACUAUCUAACCGGUUUCGAUACCUUUGGCUAUGUCUUCUUCCAAGCCAUGUACUUCCACAAAGAUGGCUCCAUGCGGCUGAUCACUCGAAUCCCGGAUCUGCGCCAGGCUCUCUACACUUCAACCCUCGAUCAGAAAGAUAUCCUCAUCCGAUCCGACGAUGCCGGAAGCAAUCCUGUGUCUUUGGUCCCCAAAGUUCUCCAGGACUAUGGAAUCGAUUCGCCAUCCAAGCGAAUCGGCUAUGAACCCGAUUCAUGCUCCUUGACGCACCGCCUAGGAAAGGCACUGGAAGAAGCCGUGGAUGGCAUUUGUACGCUGGUGGAUCACAGUGACUUGCUCACCCGAGAGCUGCGCAUUCUCAAAUCAGAAGCCGAAAUGCGCAAGGUUCGAAAGGCCGCUUAUCUCGCCGACUUUGCCCUCGUCCGUACCCUGAAGCUGGCCAAGCCCGGGGCCUAUGAAGGCGACUUGUGGCGAGAGAUUGUCGGCACGGUCUAUGAGGGCGGUGGUGAUGAUCCUGCCAACGAGAAUAUUCUUGUCUCAGGCAACAAGGCUGUUCUUACUCGUUACUCGACGGGCAAAGACAAGAUCGAUCGACAGCUCACGCUCGAGCAUGCCGCAUCAUACAAGCACUAUCAUGCGUGCCUGAUGCGCACGAUUCCCAUUGGCGGAAUCACUAAGCUGGCGCGAGAAAUGCACCGAAUCAACAUCCUCCAGAUGGAAGCGGCCAUGGCGGCCCUCAAGCCGGGCCGAGAGAUCGGCGAUGUGUUUGAGGCCUACGCUCGUGUUGCAGAUGAGCAUGGCUUCCGGGACCAACGCUUCAACAGUUGCGGCUAUAGCUUGGGUGCCACAUUCUCACCUACGUGGAUGGAUUUCCCCAUGUUCGUGCGCGGUCAGAAUGUGGUGGCACAGCCGGGCAUGGUGUUCUUUAUCCAUAUCAUUCUGAUGGACAAGGCCACGGAUACUGCCAGCUCAGUUGGCCAGACCGUGGAAGUGACUCACGAUGGGUGUGUUGCACUGUCCAAGCUACCUUUCUGUCUUACUCGAAGACAAACCAUUGCCGCUUGGAAGAAGAUCCGAAAGGAAGACUACGGAUUUAGUGGUGACGAGAUUGAUGACGGGGAGAAUCUCCAAGACGUCGAGCUCAGUGAUGGGGAUGUUGAUGAGGAGGACUACGAUGUUGAAUACGACUUCAGCGACUAUAAGCCGGCAGCCGCACUGGGUGACCCGACCCAGAGUGCUUAA